CACCGCCCCCCAGCGCCUCCGCUGCGCGCCGCUUCCGCUCCCCACCCGCCUCAGCGUGAUGGGAUGCUGCUGGCGGAAUGCUCCAGGUGUUGGGACAUCGUCCGCAGACCACACGUCCUUAUCGCUGCAGUUUACAACACAUCAGCGUUUCCUGCUGCUGAGCCAUUUUGGGUGGUCAGGGCGCAGCGCGGUCGGCUCUCGGUGCAGAGGAACUGCUCGCGCGGAACGGAAGUUGUUGACUGGCAGCUCUUUCUCCCAACUUCACCAUGAAGAAUUUGGUCUUUUUGCUUCUGGUUGCAGCUUUUACCGGCGCAGCCGCAGAGGAGACAGCAGAGGAGCCCAUUGUGGAGACGCUGGAGAGGCCCGAAACUUGCUCCUUACUCUCCAGGAUGGGAGACACCCUGCAGAUCCACUACACGGGUAGACUUAUGGAUGGAAAGGUAAUUGACACGUCACUGUCGCGGGAUCCUCUUGUGAUCGAACUGGGAAAGAGAACUGUUAUCCCUGGUCUGGAGCAAAGCUUGGUUGGCGUGUGUGAAGGGCAAAAAAUCAAAGCUACUAUUCCAUCUCACCUUGCAUAUGGAAAAAAAGGUUAUCCACCUACGAUUCCAGGUGAUGCUGCCCUGCAGUUUGAAGUGGAGGUGAUUUCUUUGUCGCAGCAGACGCCAAUGCAGAAAAUGAUCAAUGACGUCUUUCCUCUUGUGUGUUUGGCUCUGGUGCCCACUCUCCUCGGUUUAGUGGGACUUUACCUGUACAAAAAAUCUAUUGCCCAGAAGCCUAACAAAAAGAAGGCAAAAGACAAGAAGAGCAAGAAGAAAUAAGAAAAAAAGCAAGAUGCUAUUUAAAUAAAGUUUUUAAAAAAUGA